GGGCGGCCGAAGAAAGUUAACGUGCUUCCAGGAGCAGCGCCCUGGAGUCAGUCUUCCUGCGACCGUUGUGCCCGACGAGACGAGACAUCCAGCAAGAAUGGGAAUCACCUACGAGCCCCUGAACGCCGACGUGGCGGAGCGCAUCGACAACCUGUUCGGCCACAAGAACUGUCUGAUCGAGGUGAACCCCGGCAAGGUGCUGAUGCCGCCGCGCUAUGAGGAGAUCGGCGACCGCAUCCGCAGCGCCGACGUGCGGCCCGACGACGUCUGGGUCGUGUCCUACCCGCGCACCGGCAGCACGUGGGCCCAGGAGAUGGUGUGGUGUCUCGGCAACGACCUGGACUUCGAGCGCGCCAAGAUGGUGCAGCAGUUCCGCACGCCGCUCAUCGAGCUGACGGCCGUCAUGAGCCACGACGAGGACGGCUUCACCAAGGCGCUGGGCGACUCGGUGGACCUGGUGGCCAGCAUGCCGUCGCCGCGCUUCAUCAAGAGCCACCUCACGUGGGACCUGCUGCCCGAGCAGAUGCUCACCGUCAAGCCCAAGGUGGUGUACGUGGCGCGCAACCCCAAGGACAUGUGCGUGUCCUACUACCACUACUGCCAGCUGGUGCACCGCCUCGCCGGCGGCUUCGAGGAGUUCGCCGAGCUCUUCCUGCAGGACAAAGCCCCCGUCGGCCCCAUCUGGCGUCACAUCCUCAGCUUCUGGGAGAAGCGCGACGACCCCAACGUGCUGUUCCUCAAGUACGAGGACAUGAAGAGGGACCUGCCGUCGCAAAUCCGCAGGACCGCCGAGUUCCUCGGCAAGAAGGUGACCGACGAGGACGUGGAGAAGCUCGUCGACUACCUGAGCUUCGACAAGAUGAAGAAGAACCCCGCCGUGAACCUGGAGGUCGUGAUGGCGCAGAAGUACGGCGAGGAGAGGAUGAAGGAGGCCGACGCCAAGUUCAUCCGAAAGGGCCAGGUCGGCGACUACAAGAACUACAUGUCGGAGGAGAUGAUCGCCAAGUUCGACGCGUGGACCGAGGAGAACCUGGCCGGCACCGGCCUGAGCUUCGAGUAGGCCCGUUUCCCCGAACCUCUCUCAAUGGACUGACAGUACUUUAGGCUAAUUUAUUGGUUAAGCUUAAUCGAAGGGCGCCCCGCGCCGCCCCGCCGCGUCAAGUUACCCUCCGUCCGAAGGGCGUCGCGAGGCCUUGGCGGCCCCGCCAGCUCGCGCCGCCCGGAGGACUGUCCUUCGAGGACCUUAGAGUUUCCCUGUACAUAGCAUAGACGUUUAUCGUGACCUUGUGCCACAUCGUACCGUAAGAGUGUCGUCGCCAGAGUAUGUUAGAUUGUUGUUAUUAUUAUUAUUGUUGCAGUUUUGUUACUUAUUUGAUAAUUGUUGACCAAUAAAAUAUGUGCCAAACACAAGAAAAAAAGAUCAUGGAGGGUCGUGUCAGCGUGAAAGGAAACAGAGAAACGCUGAUAAUAAAUGUAAAUGCAUUUAUUUUUC